AUGAAACAGUCAGGAUCGGAUCUAAACACGCUAAACGGACGUUACCGACCGCUGCAGCUGCUUGACGACGACGACGAGGGGCUGGAGGAAUUUCAGGGCUUUCGGACGUGUGAUACUGAAGCUUCUGGGUCUUUAAUAGAUAUGGAGACUACCUUUAUUCCAUUGGCUCGCACUCUGCUUGAGCGCGAGCGCAUGACGUCAUUUCUGCAGAGUUCCUGGGUCUUUCUGCUGCUUUUGGGUGCAUUAGCAUCUAUAACAGCCUGGAGUAUUUAUGCUGGCGUGUUGAUUGUUUCUAGACUGCAUCAGAGCUUCACAGCAUUAGGAGAAGGAUGGCUGCGGGAGUAUUUGUUGUACAUCCUUUUUCGAGUUUUUAUCUUGCUAUUAGGAGUAGGCUGCACGGUUGUGGUGUGUCCUGAAGCCGUCGGGUCAGGUAUACCAGAGAUGAAAAGCAUAUUAGGAGGAUUCCCGCUUCCAAAUUAUCUCACUGGUCGUGCGCUGAUCGCCAAGUGCUUCGGCUUGGUAUUCGCACUGAGUAGUGGGCUUACGAUUGGCAAAGAGGGACCAUUCGUGCACCUGAGCUCCAUCAUUGCUCGACAAUUGUUGAAUUUGCCGCUGUUUGAGCAGAUCCGGCAGUCAAACGAUCUAACACAACAUAUGCUAGCUGCGGCCUGUGCUGUUGGAGUUACUGCAACAUUUGGUGCUCCAGUCGGCGGUGUCCUCUUCAGUAUCGAGGUCACAACGUCGUACUACGUGACGUCCAACUAUUGGCGUGCCUUCUUCUCUUCUGUCGUGAGUGUUGUGGUUUUUCGUGGUCUUAAUAGUCUAUUGGCUGGAUCGCACGGUUCGCUUUUCACGACUGAUUUCGAUGCACUGCCAUACAAAAAUUGCGAGAUUGCGCUCUUUUUGUUGCUUGCAGUAAUUUGUGGAGUACUUGCUGGACUCUUAGCACGGUCAUACCGCAUGAUUCUUGAUUUGAAAGAACGAUCGAUGGUCCAAUUCUUACUACCAUUGUGUGGCGGGCUUUCUCCGUUCAUUUAUGCUGCAUUGGUGGCACUUUUAUUCUCUCUCGUUGAGUAUCCAGUUGGACGCUUCAUGCAGCUUACCCAACACCAGACUAUCAAUGACAUGUUUUCUACAAAAACGCUGACAGCUCAUGAAGUAUCAAACACAACUCACUUGUCAGUCGAUUUCGGCAGCUCUUGGACAUCUCCGUCGCUGAUUAUGAACUUGUUCCUCUACGUGAUUGUACGCUUCUGGUCUAUGAUUAUCAGCAUUACGGUGUUUGUGCCAAGCGGCAUUGUCACGCCCGUGUUUGCAAUUGGUGCAGUAGUUGGUCGUCUAUUUGGCGAAAUGAUCGUGAUCUUGAGCGAAGGAGAGUUGUCUGUCGGAGGAUACGCAGUCGUUGGUGCCGCCAGCUUCACGGCUGGUGCCACUGGAACCAUCAGUAUUGCAGUGAUUGUGUUCGAGCUUACAGGCCAGCUAAGCUACAUGAUUCCAGUCCUCCUUUGCGUGAUCGUGGGGCGUGCUGUCACGCGGUCGUUCUCGCUCGAUAUGUAUGAGACAAUGGCUCGUCAAAAGAACUUGCCGCAGUGGCCAGACCUCACAAAGCAGAUAUCGUACUCGCUCUCAGCCGGUGAUCUCAUGCGCGAUGUACCGUCUUUCUACCUCGUUCGGCACCAAACAUUGGCUUCAAUCAAGCAUUUGCUGGACGUGACCAGCCGUGGAAAGAAGGGCAAGGUAGUUGAUGUGUUUCCAGUCAUAGAUGAUGUCAGGACGAUGAUCAUGCUAGGCGUUGCCAUCCGGGAGGAGUUAGAGUCUCUUGUUGUACGAUGGGAGAUCAGUCUUCGAAGUGGGAAAGCUUCAAACUACACUUGCGUUCCGGUGGCUGGCAUCACGGCCAAGCAAGCCAUUGUGUUGUCAAACCCAGCGACAGAGACGUCCGAGGUUGUGGAUUUGGUGCACCUUGAAGUACUGAGCCUGGAAGAUGAAUACAUUCACGUACCUCGCGACACUUUUGCCAGCCACUUGAUCCUGCUUAUCUCAGUACACAAGUGUCCACAGUUAUUCGUCACACACCGCGGCAAACUUCAGGGUGUCAUACACGCAGCUGACCUGCUGGCACGCUCACGUCGAUACAAGUUGUAG